ACGCUUGCCUCCGCGAUCCUCUGCGACCUCAUCAGCCGAUCCGUUACUUUCGCCCUUGACAGGUGCUGCCACCGGUGGCGCAAGGCCGGCGGCAUGGAUGACGCCCCGCAACGGCUGCGCCGCGUGCUUCUACGAGUUCAGGCCGUCGUCGAGGAGGCCGACAGGCGGCGCGUCACCAACCAGGCCAUGCUCCGGCAGCUUCAGCUGAUGAGGGAAGGCGUGUACAGAGGCUACUACCUGCUCAGCGCCAUCAAGCGCCAAGGCGUUCACGACGAGGUCGGGAGUCUUCGCGAUCGCUCGUCGUUCGCCACGUCCCUGUUCAAUCCGGCGAAGCGCUUGUGCACGGUCUCGGCCAGGACGACGCCGGCGAGCACGGCGCCUGAAGACACCGGACGCGAGGAGGGCGUGGAGGUGGAGGCGGAGCUGCAGGAGGUGCUCGCCGGCCUAGAGCGCAUGGCCAGCGACAUGAAGGAGCUCGUCGUGUUCUUGAGCAGCUACCCUCCGGCGCGUCGCGAGCCUUACAGCGGGCACCUGUGGCUGGAGAACCGCAUGUUCGGCCGCGAGGCAGAGCAGGAGAAGAUCAUCCACUUCUUGCUGGGACCAGAGCCUGCAGGCGCCGAAGAUCUGGGCGUGCUUCCAGUGAUCGGUCGACCAAGAGUUGGCAAGAGCACCCUCGUCGAGCACGUCUGCUUGGACGAGCGUGUGCGCGGGCACUUCUCCCUGAUCGUCUUCCUCAGCCAAGGCGACAUCGAGGACGGAAAACUAUCGCCUCAUCUGGAAGAGAACGGCACAAUCAAGUACCGGGAUCUCGACCCGGCCAGGAAAUCGCUGGUUGUUAUCGAGCUAGUUGGGGACGUGGAUGAGAACACAUGGUGGGGAAGAACACUGUCGGUACUGCGAGGACGACGCACCACGCCGGUCAGCAGAAUCAUAGUCACAAGUCGAUCAGAGAAGAUUGCAAGUUUUGGGACAACACAAGCUCUGGAGCUGAAAUCUCUGCCUCGAGAAGCCUACUGGUACUUCUUCAAGACGAUCGCGGUCGGGAGCACGGGUGCGGAGGAUCAGCCGGAGCUAGCAUCUGUGUGCAUGGAGAUGGCGGACCUGCUGAAUGGAUGCCUCAUAGCGGCCAAUUUGUUAGGUGGCAUGCUGAGGGCCAACCCCUGUCCUCAGUUUCGGCGAAGGGUUCUCAGCGUCGUCAGACACUACAUAAAAAUGCAGCUCCUUCACUUUGGUGAGCAUCCAUCCGAUCUCCUACUGAUGAAUGGUCGGCCCAUAUACCUUUGGAGAUUAUCCAAGGCUGAUACCGUGCUCACUGCUCACCAUACCUACCAAGCGUCUUCAUCCCAGGAGCAUGAUCUGCCCAAGAUAACCCUGAACGAGUUGCAGGUUGGAAGUGCAAGGCCUCGAGGGAAGUUUGAGGUCGUAGGUUGGAGGUCUCGCAUACCACCCUACUACAGCUACUUGAUGAGUUGUGAGGUGCAGACAUUGCCGUCGUUCCUCCGUGUGCCUCGCAUGAACAAGCAAAUCCAGCGCCGGCGGCAGCCACGACUGAAUUCGGUGUGAAUCUUAUGUUCAUCCGGUAUGGCUCUGUAUGUUUUAGAGAUCUCUAUGUUUUAUCCAUCCAGUAAUCACUAUAAAGCACUAGCAAUCAUGAAGGUGUUCUGCUUUGUGAUCAUGCGUGUUCUUCUCUGUAAUAACAGAUUAACUGCAACUUGGCUAUUGUUUUUAUGGAAGCAGUAAAGUAAUUCCAACCGCAGGGACUGACUAUUGAGGCACGGCUUGACUGACCUGCAGAUCAAUGCCGGUCUAUCACGCUUUCCUUUUCAAUCUUUUCCUCUGACAGCCUUGCAAUGGAGUCGCUUCUUUCUGCAAUCGCAUGCGAUCUCCUUGGCAGGGCCCGGUCCAUCGUGAUCCGGAGGAGGCACAGACGGUUGAACGCUUCUAGGCAGAAGAGUCAAGAGCACAUGCUCAAGCAGCUGAUCAGUGUGCAGAGUCGAGUCAAAUAUGCCAAUAAACCAACCUAACCGAAGCUGUUAGACUUAGAUCCAUUCCACCUGGAUUGGAAUUAUAAGGCUCGAUUGACUUCUAAAUCAAAGCCUUUUAUUUAUUUAUGGCAAAAAAUAAAUCUCUGCAUUUCGCUGCCCUUCUUUUCAUCGUUUGCAGGCAGCCAAGGACAUGUGCGCAUAAAUCUACCCACCAGUUGACCCGUGCUCCAUUCUCCAUUGCGGAUACCCACCGGCCACCACCAAAUCUUCUCUCUCGUGGUCGUGGAGUCCAGCAAUGGAGCCCCUUCUUUCCGCGAUCAUGAGCGAUCUCCUGGGCAGAGCCCUUUCCGUGGUGAUACAGAGGUACGGGCCAUCCAAGGCAGAAGAGACGGAGCACAAGCUCCAGCGGCUGCGGCGCGUGCUGCUCCGGAUCGACGCCACGGUCGAGGAGGCCGAGGGGCGGCACAUCACCAACCAGGCGAUGCUCCGGCUGCUCGACAUGCUCAGGCAAGGCAUGUACGACGGCCACUACGUGCUAGAUACCAUCAGCUACAGAUGCCACGGCGAGGUGAGCAGCGGUGGCCGCGAUGUUGUCUUGUCCCGACUCAGUUCAGCCAAGCGUCUCCUCUCCUUCCCCGUCAGCAGCAGCAGCAGCAGAAGCAACCUGCAGAGCACCGUGCUCGACGCUGAAAGCCUGAAGAACAUGGAGAAGAUGCUCGACGGCCUUGAGACGCUGAUGGGCGACAUGGUGGAGUUCGCCGUGUUCCUGGAGGGGUACCCUCGCAUCCCCCGGCAGCCGUACAGCGAGCACUUGGUCCUUGACAAGGUCAUGUUCGGCAGGCAGAUGGAGAAGGAGGCGAUCAUUGAUUUCCUGCUCCGGCCAGAGGCUGCGGGCGACGGGAAUCCAGGGGUGCUUCCGAUCGUGGGCGCGGCGAGGAUCGGCAAGAGCACGCUAGUUGAGCAUGUCUGCCUCGACGAGAGGGUGCGCGGCCACUUCUCCUCGAUCGUCUUCUUCGGCGGAGACGACCUUGGCGCUGACAACAUGGCUGCUCUCGGACGAAGUGGUGUGAUCAAGCAUCAGGAUCUCACCGCCGCCUCCCGUGGGAGGUCACUUGCUGUCAUUGAACUAGCCGGGGACAUGGAGAUGGAAGAGGAGGCAUGGAGGAAUCUGUACUGCUCUGCAGCGAGAAGCAUGGGGCGCGGGGGCAGCAAGAUUAUAAUCACAAGCCGGUCGGAGAAGAUAGCAGCUCUUGGCACCGCGCCAGCUCUCAGACUGAAGUCUCUUACUCAAGAAGCUUACUGGUACUACUUCAAGACGCUCGCCUUCGGGAGCACGAACCCUGACGACCAACCAGAGCUCGCGUCACUAGCCAUGGAGAUCGCGGCGCUGCUGGACGACGGCACGUUCCUGGGAGGAAACAUAGUGGGGAGUUUGAUGAGAGCCAACCAGGACGUUCAGUUCUGGCGCAGGGUGCUCCAGUGCUCGAGAGAUUUCACGAGGAAGUACCUCCUCACGUAUGGGAAGCACCCGAAAGACCUCUUGGAGAGAGGGCAUCCCGUGUACGCUUGGAGCAUGGCGAGGAGCCAGCACGCCGUUGUGAUCUACAACAUUUACCAGGAGCGUACUAGGGAGCAGGGUGUCCCCGAGCUAACAGCACAUGAUAUCAUAGCUGGGCGUGCUCCGCUUCAGGGGAAGUUCAGAGUAGUUGGGUGGAGGUCUAGCAUACCCCCUUACCACACCUGCAUGUUCAGUUGUGCGUCGCAAACGGCCGGAUGCUCCACAGUCACAAAGAAGCGCCCUAGGAAGAUGAUGGUUUGACAUGAACUUGUUCGGGUAGUCUCAUACCAACAUGUAAUGCUUUUUAGUUGUAAAUGAAAUCCUUGUAAAGUUUGGACGUUGGAGUAGAGUAUUUGUUUACAGAAUAAAAAACUUACAGAAUAAAAAACUAGUCCAAUUAGCAUUAA